AUGGGAACGCUCAGUAUCCCUUUUGGAGAUAAUGAAAGAGAGUGUGACGCUAAAAUGGUUUUAGAUGUCAUAGCUAGAAUGGAAGACACUGAACCUUUUUCAGAUGAACUCUUACAGGCUAUGAAACGACUUUGGGCAGAUACAGGAGUUCAAGAAUGUUUUGGACGAUCAAAUGAAUAUCAAUUGAAUGAUUCUGCAAAAUACUUUUUAGAUGAUCUUGACCGUUUAGGAGCAAAAGAUUAUAUGCCUACAGAACAAGACAUCUUGCGAACUCGAGUCAAGACAACUGGUAUUGUAGAAGUACACUUCUCAUUUAAAAACUUAAAUUUCAAAUUAUUUGAUGUAGGAGGACAAAGAUCAGAAAGAAAGAAAUGGAUUCACUGUUUUGAAGAUGUUACAGCAAUCAUAUUCUGUGUAGCCAUGAGUGAAUAUGAUCAAGUUCUUCAUGAAGAUGAAACUACAAAUCAAUACACAGGUAAACAGACGUAUGAAGAAGCUGCCGCAUACAUCCAGGCACAGUUUGAAUCGAAGAACAAAAGUUCAACGAAGGAAAUCUAUUGUCAUCAAACAUGCGCCACAGACACAAACAACAUCCAGUUUGUGUUCGACGCUGUAACAGAUGUAAUCAUUGCAAACAAUCUCCGUGGCUGUGGCUUGUACUAA